GCUCUGGCAGCAAGACUGCCGAGGUAAAGCUUGACAAAAUUCUGUAUGCCGAGUUGCGUGCUAGGGUGGGUCAAGAAGAAGACCCCAUCGACGAAGUAAAGGUUCUUAGAUUGUCGCAACUUGAUCGACUACUACUAAGAGAAGGAGGAGGAGGAGGAAGAGAGGAUGAUUGACCAGGACGUGGAAUAUACGUUCCAUUGCUACGAUCAUUGUCCGUUUGGCAAUCGGGUAGCCUUCUUGAUGGACCACUUUGGGAUCAAGUACAAGAAGGUAGUUUAUGGUUAUGGCUCUGGUGCUCUUCCAAAAGAAUGCGAAGGAGAAGGCUAUGAUGGCGACCUAAAUCCAAGGAAGCUGACGGGGAAGAAGCAACUACCAGUUCUCGAAGGACCUGGUGUCCCGUGUGCUCCUGGAGCUGUUGGGAUGCCUGAAUCUCUCGAGAUUUGUUCCUUUCUCAUCGGACGCCAUCAACUGGUGGUACCCUGUGCCACGGGACGAGCUGAUGUAAAGGAACUGACAGACUAUCUUCUGGACAAAAAGGUGAUGAACCCAUUGACGCUCGUAAAAUUGACGAAGAUGCCAGUUGCGGACUGGGCUGACAAGAGGGACGUAUCCUACCACGUGUGGAAGCACAAGAAAAAGGGAGAUAUCCUUUCUUACGAGAACGAUGAGGAUGCUGCUGCUAUCAAGACAUUGAAUGCCAAGUUGGCAGAAAUUCCGGCAAUGUUGAAAGGCGACAAGUGCCUCAAUUCUUGGGGGUUUGGUAUGGAUGACGUCCUCUUUCUUCCCUGGUUGCGACGCCUCACAUGCAUCAAGGGGGUUGAGUUUCCUUCCGAAGUUAGUGAGUACAUGUCCACAGUCGGGGCCCAGGUCGAGGACUAUGCAAAGCACGCGGUUUGAGCUCAAGGUAGUCUAACCUAAUCGAAUCUUCAAUGCCGUGGGUGCUGUUCAUUGGCGUCCCAGUAGAAGGGAAAUACUUGUAUUUGCAAUUGGUACCGGUACCUAUCAUAAGAGAAAACUGCGCG